AUGGCAGGCACUGGUAAAACAGUCGUGAGGACGCUGGAGGAUCUAACUCUGGAUUCUGGUUAUGGUGGAGCUGCAGACUCGGUCAGGUCAUCCAGCGUGUCGCUCUGCUGCUCCGACACGCAGCAGUCCUUGCAUGGGGGCAACUGCUGGCAUUUGACAGAAUCUAUGCACAGCAGGCACAACAGUUUGGACACGGUGAACACUGUCCUGGCGGAGGACACGGACAUCCUGGAGUGUUCGGGCCAGUGCGCCAAGCUGCCCGAGCUGGAGGACGUGCCGUGGAGCUUGGGGGAGGUGGAGGGUGCGCUGAGGAAGGAUGAGACGCUUAUGGCGGGGAGCCCACCACCGGAGGUCCUGGCCCGACUCUCGGCUCUCAUCAGCCGUGCGCUCUUGCGGGUGGCCCGCGAAGCACAGCGCCUGAGCCUGCGCUAUGCAAAGUGCACCAAAAACGAGAUCCAGAGUGCAAUUAAGAUGGUACUAUCGUGGACCAUUUCUGUAAACUGUAUCACUGGAGCUGUGAGCGCACUCUCACUCUACAAUAUGACUACGGGCGACAAGUUCAGCCGAGGCAAGUCUGCGCGCUGCGGGCUCGUCUUCUCCGUGGGGAAGUUCUUCAGGUGGAUGGUAGACAGUCGGGUGGCUCUAAGGAUCCACGACCAUGCAGCCAUAUACCUCGCAGCGUGCAUGGAGAGUCUAUUCCGAGACGUGUUCUGCCGAAUACUGCGCAGCGCGAUGAUGGAGAGAGACAACGGCAUCCCCAAGUUUUCUCUCGAGUCACUUGAGCAAGCCAUAAGCAGUGACUCUGAGAUCUGGGGUCUUCUGCAGCCCUAUCAACACCUCAUCUGCGGCAAGAACUUUAGUGGUGAGUGA